AUGCCGCUGGUGGUGCUGUGCGGGCGGCCGGGCAGCGGCAAGAGCCGGCGGGCCGCGGAGCUGCGGGAGGCGCUGGGCGGGCCGGAGCGGCAGGCGCACGUCGUGACCGAGACGGAGGGCGGCCGGGCGGCGCUGCGGGCCGAGGUGGAGCGGCGGCUGAGCCGGCGGGACGUGGUGAUCGUGGACGCGGGCAACGAGCUGCGGAGCAUCCGCUACGAGCUGUACUGCGCGGCGCGGCAGGCGGGCACGGCGCGCUGCCUCCUGCACUGCGCGGGCGGCCCGGGCGGCCCCGACGAGCCGCCCUUCGAAGCCCCCGACCCGAGCAACCGCUGGGACCGGCCGCUCUUCACCGUGCACGGGGAGGAGCCGCUGCCGCUGGCCGCCAUCCGCGCCGCCCUCUUCGAGAGCGCCCCGCCGCCGCCGCACCGCGCCACCCGCACCCAGCCCCUGCAGUCCAGUAGCUUCCUCCACCACCUCGACCGCGUCACCCAGGAGGUGCUGGCCGCCGUCAUGGCCGCCCAGAGGAGCGGGGCGCAGCCCGGGGAGGUGGUCCGCGUCCCCGGCGUCGCCGAAGGGCUGGUGCUGAACCGGCCCGUGAGUAUGGCCGAGCUGAGCCGUCUGCGGAGGCAGUUCAUCAGCUACACCAAGAUGCAGCCCAGUGACGAAAACUUGCCCCAGCUGGCCAGCAUGUUCCUGCAGUACCUGAGCCGCAGCAUCCAGUGAACCCUGUCACCUGUGUCACGCACAGCAGUGGCCGUGGUUCGGUCCCAAAGUAGCUGCAACAGUAAGAUCACGCCUUCCAGCCACAGACCCCGCGGAGCUUGGGUCCCACCUGUCGUAUAUCAUGUGGCAACAGCAGCUCUGGGAAGAUGGAUGCCAUGUCCCUGCAGCAGCUGAGCAAGCUAUAUUGCUAAGAGGAUCUGGAGGGAUGCUGUUCCCCCACCCCUGCUUUCUCCUCUCUUGCGUCUUUUCAAAAGGAGAGCUACCGUUGCAUCCGCAAGCAAAUGAAGUCUCCCAUGGAGACCUAAAUCCCAGUAAUCAAGUAAUGUCUGAACACAAAAGCCCAAACGGUGGCGACUGUAGGGAAAACUUUCCCCCUCCGCAUUGGCAUGUGUAUGUCUUGAAGAUUGUUUUUCCAAGGCUGUCUCCAGAUAAUGUCAAACUGCAGAAGAGACUUCAGGUCCAGAACUGGAACAGGCUGUAUUUUUUAGGAUGCGACUGUUUCAGAAUAUCCUGCUGAAGCCAAGAGGUAGAUUUGCAAACUCUGCGCAACAGAAGGGUGCUGACUUAGCAAACUGAAACCCCUCUGUUUCAAGUUUAACAAUAAAAUGUGUGCCUUAAAUGGAGUGAAGUCUUAAUUUACUGCAGGACUAUUUUAUUGAAAUAACUUGCUAUGUCUUUCCUCUGCAAGGUCAUCAUUAAAUGCCUUUAAAAACACUAAUUGUUUUAAGAAUGAGUGCUCUCGUAGGAAGAAUGAGCUAAAAUGACAGUGUCUGUUCUGGAUGAAACUCUCCUGUAAGUCUGUACAAGCUGUGAAGGAUAACUUAGUUUUGCACUUAGUUUCAACUGAUUUCAGGCUUUGCAAUA